AUUUGUUGGUUGGUUCCUAUGUUUUUCUAUUUUGCAUUGGACUUUCCUUUAUCAUAAUUUCUCAGAUGUUUCGUGAUUCUUUCUUUUACCGACCUUUAAGAGUUUUCUUUUCUUUGUUUUGGGAUCAUAUAUAUGUUUAUUUAAGACACUGAUCAUAGUUUCGUACAAACAAAAACUACUAGAGAAAACGUCUGGACCUUCCUGAAACCACGGCAACUAACAGUGUCGAUUCCGUCUGUUUCGUCUAUAAAGAUCAUGGAGAAGGAGAAAUCAGACUACUCUGAGAAGUUCGAGGGUAAUGCGGACAAACCGGCUAGGAACAAGCAAAUCAUGGAAGCUUUGUCGUGGCCAUCACUUACCGAGACAGCGAAAGCAGCUCUUUGUUCGAACAAGUCUUCCACUGAUUCGUUAAAAAGUAUUGGCUGUGACGGAUCAUCAUCAUCGGUCUCUUUUUUCUCUCAGCGAAGUAGCAGUCUUGCUGAAACAGAACGAAUGCACCAAGAAUUCUUUACCCACGGCACGUUUGUUCAACCCUCGGGAGAAAGUUCAUAUGGUAAUCCUUUACCAUACACUUCUCCUAGGGGUCAUAAGCAAGGAAACGAGUUUGCAUCACGGGCCCAUGUCAGUAUCCAAAACCAACAUCAACAGAAUUCAAACGAGAACCAACAUGUUACCCAUCAAAGUCAGGGAGGCAGACAGAAUCAAGAACAGGUGAAACAGAAUUGGAAUCCUCAAGGAAAAUUUAAUGGGCAAGGAGGAUUCCCACCUCCACCAAGAGGAGGUACACCAGCAUUUGUAAGGGCAUCACCACCAUCAAUCUAUGCUCAGCAUAUUCCAGUUCAGCAUUAUUUUUAUCCUAUAGCAUUUACUGACUUGCCACCACCAAUGAUGUAUCAUCCACAUCGUAUGCCCUUCAUCGACCCUCGCGCUGUAUUGUUUCCAUCUCAAAAUCCUGACCUCAUGCCCUUUAUCGAGCCUCCUCCUGUCUUGGUCCCAUCUCAGAAAGCUCCCCUCAAAACCAAGAUACUGAAUCAAGUUCAAGAAGCUCCCCUCAAAACCAAGAUACUGAAUCAAGACAAAAAAGCUCCCCUUAAAACCAAGAUACUGAAUCAAGUUCAAUAUUAUUUGAGCGAGGAUAAUUUACCAAACGAUGUACACCUUCGCAAGCGCAUGAAUGAUGAGGGCUUUGUUCAUAUAGAGUUUAUCUCUGGUUUCAAUAAGCUUAAAGCACUAACAAGUAAUGUCCAGCUGAUAUUGGAUUCCCUACGAGAUUCAGAUAUCAUUGAAGUGCAGGGCUAUGAAAUUAGAAACCGGCGUGUCUGGAAAAAAUACGUUAUGCCUCAAGACUGGCGGGUUACUUUUUAUCCGAGCCCAGAAUAUGCAAUGGCUAACAACCAUUAAAACAUGCAGCUCGAGCAGAACUAGAAAAAGUGCGAUCAAGUUCAAGCAAUCAAAAAGCCGAUAAUAAUAAUAAGAAAUCAGUUGGUUGUAUACCGUCUUCAAAUCUAAGUUGGAGGAGUUUUUGCUUUUGCAUAGAGAGGAUUGCUGGAUUUAUGUGAAGCUACCAUCAUUUUGCAUAUGAUGUCAAUUAACAUUUUGUCCUUAAACCAAAACAAAUAUAACAAACUGAGAAAAGCUAUUAAAAAGGCUAAAAGAGUAGUGUAGAAUAAAAUUUUGAGUUUUUAUGACUC